AUGAAGACGCGAUCAAAAAAGCCAUCCGCCAAGAACGACGCGCCCGAAAAGACCGCACCCGCAGCCGGUCCCGCACCGCCCACCGCCGACCCCAAUCCUCCUAAGCUUUUCGUCCUUCCAAGAGAUGUCUCUUCGCAAGCGCACAUAGUAACACUUCCAAACCCCGCUUCGUCGUCAGCGAAUCGUUACUUUUGCUGUCCGAGCAAGGGAUUCUACGAGUUCACCAGAGUCGCUGCCCCGAAGUCUGCAUCGAAAAGCUGGCUCCUUGCGCCGCAAAGAUAUGGAGAGCCUGAACAGAGGAAAGAAGCAGAUAAUGUGGAUGGCGAGACUGUUCAUUCGCUGCGCAACGGCUACACAUUGAAAAGUCCGGACAUUUUCGUGGCUACACCGGUCGACGCUCUGUUCCUUGCCUUACCAGCACUGGUUCCUUCAGCGAAGGGCGGCGAGAAGCAAUUGUUUUUGUCUGUGGAGGACCAUAUGGAUUCACUGGGAAGCUCAUGUGCGCAGCUGCGGAAGCUCUUAGAAAACGAUACACUGCGGACACGGGUAGAGGAGAGAAUGGCAGCAGCAUGCGAUACAGUCGAUGCUGGCGACGAGAAGAUGUUCCGACUGUCCAUUGAGAAGCUGGCGAGAGAGCUACUGGCCAAGGCUGAGCGCUUUGUCGGGAACGGACUUCCUGCCUCGAUGGAAGAGAAAUUUGUUCGAAAGGCACUGGAGCGGCCUGUCAUGAGCAUCAAGCGCGAGGACACGACCGUAAGUCUCGUGUCAGAAGAUGGCGAGGCUGCAAAAACAGAAACCACGACCGCGACAACGACUGAUGCGGAGAUGACAACGGAUUCCCAGAAGUCGGAUGAUUAUGCAGCCACAUCCGCCAUGACGGAUCAGCAGACCACAUCUCCUGCACAACAGCAGCCAAUCGAUGCUCCUGAGGGGAUACCCCAUCUUCUACGCUUGCGCACCGCAAUUGACUUUAUUUCAUCCUCGUAUCUGCCGCCCAGCAUCCGCGCGCUUCUACAACCGGCAUGGUCAUCAAAUAGCAUGGUGGACUUCGACCCGCUAGAUAAGCACCUACAGGAACUCGCCACACUCAGGUCAGAGGCCCAGGCAUUGCGGUCUCUGUCCGACAACAUCACUCGCAAGCACGGCAUGGAAGACGAUGAAGCGGCUGCGAUGCGCGCGGAGAAGAAACGCAAGAAGGAUGAAGAGGAGGUGAAGAAGAAGAAUCAAAGUCGUGGUGUGAAGCAACUAGCGAAAGCAGACACGUCGGGCAUGAAAAAACUUAGCUCGUUCUUCACCAAAGCUCCCGUCAAGAAAUGA